AUGGACGACCCAGCAUCCCGGAUCCCAGGGCAAUUGCUGCCCCAUAUGCACCUGGUAUCGCGCAAUCGCUAUCCAAACAUGCACAUGAUGCCGACCGAAACGGCGUUGGAAUACCUUUUGAGUGCGCCUCGGACCUGUCAAACGCAACCGAUGCAAUGGACUUUCCUUGAUGGGCCCCAGGACGGUACCGUGAUGUUGACGUGGCAGCCACUCAAUCAUCUUGGUAACAACUUCGCAAGCGACGGGUACAUUUGGGCUGACGUCGAGCAAGCCUUCACCUUUGAAGCCCGAGGAUAUACAGUCGAGAUGUUCAUCCACCGCAGCGGCUACCACCCACCUAAUGAAAAUCUAGCCACCCACUCUCGCAAACGGUAUCGCAUUGUUUCCUCCAAAGUUCCGAAUGCGCCCGCGCCAGACCCCUCACUAUGGAUCGUUCAUUAUUCCCGGGCACCACAGCAAGACCAUAUCCCCGCCAAUCGUAUUCCCAUUACACCUCAGGUCCAGAAUGUCAUGGGACAGCGACGCUUUUUACAGAGUCAGGGCCAACUGGCCCAUAAGGACUUCCUCCUCCAUGACCGCAACAGUUGGCCCACGGUUCGAUUCCCCCCUCAGAUGCCGCCUCAAGGUUUUGCGCAACCACAACCUGGCCCACCCUAUCCCAGUACGCAGCCAGGCCGACCUGGCUUCUAUCCGGCUCAAGCACACCCAGCUGCAGCACCACCAGCGCCAGCUCAGGGGAAAGCACCACGCGCAGCGCGUGCUCCAUCAGCGGCAAUGGCAGCGGUAGCGGCAGAUUUCGCACUUGAGGAUGAAGAUGUGUCCAGUGGUGAUGCGAUGGAUUUCUUGACGCCCCGGGAGAUUAGCAAAAUGCGAUACGUGCAGCACCACGAAUGGAUGGAGGAGAUUUUUGGGUCUCAUUACGCCAUCUCCCAGAUCACUCCGGUUUCUCUCGGUCUCGGUCGCAAGGGUGAGCUGGAGUCGCUGACGACAGGGUUCUUCGAUGCGCCGGCAGGCGGGGAGGGUCAGGAAGGGCAAGCACCCGACGCAACGAAGCUGGAACCCGCCAAGGCAGAGGAAUUUGCAGACCGCGUGGCCAAGAAGGUUGCAGAUAUGACCGCAGAGAUUGAGAAGCUCAAGAAACAGCACGCCCGACGAAUGGAGCGUUUCAAUCGCAGCUCGCUGUUCAAGGAUGCCGAGAUUCGGCUUCGUGCCGCCGCUGCCGAUCCUUCGGUGACUGGCUCGGAGGUCUGGCGCUUGGAGGGUCGAAUCAUCAUUCCUAAUGAAGAUGGCGAAACGCCCCAAUUGGACUACGUGGAGGAGAAGGCCAAGUUCAAGGUUGAUGAUGUUGUCCGGGACGUGGAGCAGACUUGGAAGAAGCAGAUCGUGCCCAUGCCAAAGGUCUCUUGUGUCGAGAAGGGUGGCCUGCUUGAAAAGAUUGAGCCCGAGCAGAAAAUGGAGCCCGAGUCGUUCGCCAAUGACAUGGCUGUCGAUCAAACUGGCUCUCACCCGACGGACCAGUUUGGCCCAUCUACUGCGGCAAGCAACACAGUUCCUCCAGUACCACCGGCCCCUCAGGCGUCUAAAGACGUUGAAAUGGACAUGGGGAACCAAGCGGGCGGCGGUGGGACGACUGCAGAAAGUGGUGAUUGGGUCAUGGUGAAUAAGGAGAACAAGGAUGCCAAUACAACCCCGGGCGCUACCGUUGGCGAAAGUGGCAUCGAGAGUGCCAACUUUGACGAUUUCACCAACAUCGACAGUGCGGGAGACGCUCUUGCAGCGUAUACCGAACAGAAUGAUGGGCUCGAUUUACCAGAUAUGGAUAACUCUGCGUUUGGCGACGCGUUCCAUGCCUCCGACAACGAGCAUUCGCAUCACCCUGACACAGAUGAGAUGUCCUAG